AUGCCUCAAAGUUUGACCGACGCCGUUCGAGAAUCCUUAAAGAAUACACUUCUUGUUAUGUUCACUGGGACGCAUGAUACUCCACCCCUCCUUGCCCGACCGCUAAGCCCCGAUGCAGCUGUGCCUUCUGAAAAUCAACCCUCCGAAUCUACCAGUGAGGAUCUUGCCCAGUUACUCUGGCGAAUUACAGAGCAACGUCUUUCAACCUUCCUUCCUGAUUUGAUGGAUCAACUAUUCCUGCCUUCUCUACCAUUAUCGCCACCGGUUGCGUUCGGCUUUGCACCAAAUGGUCCUGCCUCAGGACUCUCGAGCUCUCCAGUAAAUGGUCAAGACAUGACGCUGAAUGGCUGUGAAGCACGUGGGGCACAGACCACUAUGUCUUUGCCUGUAUGCACUAGUAUUGAGGAAAAUCAGCUUGACGCUGCAACUCAUUUGAAUAAUAUCCCUACUUUUCUCAAUCCUAACCCAAUAAUUCCUGAUGCAUUAAAAGCCAAUUGUAUCUCUAAUGAGCCGACUGAUUUGGCUUACCCAUCAGCUUAUUGCCCUCCUUGCGACUGUGCUGAUGCUUAUUUACCAACGGGUGAUGUCUUGAACUUGAUUAGUGAACCAGAUUCCAACCUCUCUGAAGUUCCAGAACCCAUCUCAGGGACCGCUUCAAUUUAUACCCCUGCAUCUUUGCCCUCCUCUAUAACCUUGAACGUAUCCUAUAACCAGUAUCAGGCCGACAAUUUUCCGCAACCCCUGCAUUCCACAUCAGUUUCGCAAGCAUCUCGUGUUUCUACGGUUUCCAGAAACGAAGUAGUUCCUGCCACCAUUGACGGUGCCACUCCAUUCCAUCCGUGUUUGCCUGGUGAUCCCACCAUCGUCCAACCUAUUUCCCUUUGCCCCCCCACUCCACCUAUUACUGAAUGUCCAUCGGAGGCUUUAACUAUUAUUCUUCCGGAUUCUAGAACAACGGUCUCUUCUCCGUCACAUCACGUAAUUCAUGAACUCUGA